UAUGUUAUUUUCUUAAAAAGUAAUAUUAAUUUUUACAGUAAGUGGGAACAUCAUAAAUAGAGUUUUUACAUUAAUCAAAUCUCUCAAAUGUAUAUAUAAAUAUUCAUAUUUAGACAUUUCAAAACUAGUCUGGCUACUUGACCGAUUCAUAAUCGAAUCAAUUAUCCAUCUUUACUAGGUAACCACGAACUUAACCGGUUCGUAGUUGAAUCUGAUCUAAUUAUUUGGUUCUGAUCUAAUUAUUUGGUUCGGUCCGAUUUUAAAAACAUUGCCAAACGGCCCGCACAUAGUUUCAGCUACUGAAUAUAAAGUUGUUAAAAGGCCCAUUUUGCUUCAAUGGGCCUAAUAAACUAAUAGAGACCAGAAACCUAUAUAACAUAAGGUCGCGUCGUCUACUUUAGUUCUGCCGGAGCACGACCAGAGCAGAAACCUAUAUAAACAAGUGGCGGUUCCUUCCACUCGUGUUCUCUUCAACUUUGCGUUUUCACUGUAACUCGCUGUCAAGGGUUGGAAGCAAAGGGUAGAGGCUUACUGUGGACUUUGCUUUGAAGAUGACGACUUAUGGAGAUAGAGUGAAGUCGACAUCCAUUAACGGAGUUAAGUUAUACCAUGUUUCUUGUGCCCCCAAUGUUGCUACUUGGCUUAACCCUAAGAAGCAACGAGCUCUCCGCAAAAACCCACAUUAUAUGCAAAGAGUGGAGCUGAUUCAGGAUUUGAAGUUUGGGAAUGCAACUACUAGAAUCAAAGCUACUCCUGAUGGAGAGUAUCUGAUUGCUUCAGGUACAUAUCCAUCACAGGUCAAAGUUUAUGAGCUAGGGCAGCUUGGCUUGAAGUUUGAGAGACAUUUGGACUCUGCAAUAGUUGAUUUCGAGAUAUUGGACGAUGACUACUCAAAGCUUGCCUUCUUAUGUGCUGAUCGUUCUAUUAAUCUACACGCCAAAUACGGGAAACACCACAGUUUACGAAUCCCAAGGAUGGGGAGGGACUUGACAUAUGAUAACCAGUCCUGUGAUCUGCUUUGCGCUGCUUCUUCACCAGAUCUCUACAGAAUCAACUUGGAGCAGGGAAGAUUUCUAUCUCCUCUCAGCACUCAAUCCCCAGCGCUGAAUGUUGUUUCUAGAAGCAAUCUACAUGGACUAAUUGCUUGUGGUGGCGAGGAUGGUGCGGUCGAAUGUUUCGAUAUGAGAAUGAAAUCAUCUGCUGCUAGAAUCAAUGCGGUUACACAUGGUGGUGAUGCUGCUGCAGAGGUUACUGCUAUAGAGUUUGAUGACAGUGAAGGUCUUCAAGUAGCUGUCGGGAGUAGUGCCGGAAAGGUAUUCAUAUACGACUUGCGCACUUCAGCUCCCAUACAAAUGAAGGAUCACAUGUACGAGAGCCCAAUUUUGAGCAUUAAGUGGCAAAGAACUCUUAACACUCAAGAACCUAAGCUGAUUACUACUGACAAGCACAUUGUUAGAAUAUGGGAUCCGAAUACGGGAGAAGGGAUGACGAGCAUUCAACCGACAACACAUAUGUCUCUCAGCGGAGGAGAAAUAAACGACAUUUGUGUGUUCCCUGGAAGUGGUCUUAUGCUUCUUGCUUUAAACUCUAGCCUUAUCCCAUCUUACUUCAUACCUGAACUUGGUCCUGCUCCUAAAUGGUGUUCUCCUCUUGAAAACCUAACGGAAGAGAUGGAGGAAACUGGACAGACAACUAUUUACGAUAAUUACAAGUUUGUGACGAAGGAAGAGCUGGAGAAGUUGCAGCUGACUCCUUUGAUUGGCACAGAUCUUCUGAAAGCUCAAAUGCAUGGAUAUUUUAUGAAACACCAUCUAUACAAAGAUGCUUUGGCAGAGGUUGAACGUUUUGCUUAUGAUAAUUACAAAGAAAGCAAUAAGCAAAAGAAACUAGAAACGGAACGUAGCCAGAGAAUCACAAAGAAGAUAAAAUUGCCAAAGGUAAACCGUGAUCUAGCAGACACCAUACACAACGAGGAGGGUGCAGAAGAGGAUAAGAAGAGUGUUGAGGAGGCUGUAAAGAAAGUGUCGACGAAGAAGAAGAAACCUGGACUUAGUGGCGAGGAUUUCUCAUGUGGUCGGUUUGACAACAUGUUCCAUAAUCCGGACUUCCAAAUCGAUCCAGAAUCAUAUGAAUAUCGUGCCCUACACCCUGUUGCUUCUUCUUCUAAGAAGCAACCUUCUUUGUUAGAUGAACACUUUGAAGCUGUAUCAGAUGGUGAUGAUGAGAACAGCGAUUCUGAUGUAUCACGUGGUUCAGACGAUGGGAGGCCAAGCAAGAAAUGGAAAACUCCGAAGUUGUUUGUAGUGAAAAACGAGCGGCAUGCUGAAGCUUUCCACAACGGGAGAUCACUGGCUAAAGAAGACAGUCUUCCGAUGGGCGAGCGUGUUAAGGCUAUGGAGGACCAGCGUGGCAACUUUGGAGCCUCUAAAGAUGUUAAGUUCGGUCCUGGAGGUUCCCGGGAGAUAUCUUUCAACGCUGGACGCUCAUCCACAUACAAAGAAGAUAGAGAUGAUGAGGAUGGGGACGGGCAAAGAAGCAGGAGGAGAGGAGUUCAGUCUCUUGGACUGAAACAGGAUGUUGUUAGAGGCGGUUUCAGAAGUAGAGGAGGCGGUGGUUUCCGGGGUAGACGAGGAGGUGGACGUGGACGUGGUGGUUCCCGAGGAAGAGGCCGCCGAUGAUUAAUGUUGCUCUCCGAGGAUAUUUUAUACUAUUUUACGGGAAAAUGUUGGUCAAUUAAGGAAACUUUGAUUCAUAUUUUGCAAUUUUGGAACGUUUUUGACCUGUUCUUGAAAGAUUUUAGUCUGAUGUCUUAAUCAGAUUAACAUUAUUUGCUUGCUUGUGUAUAGUGCAUAUAUGGAAGCCCUUUUAGGCUGCAACUGGAUAUACAUUUUUUCGAAAAAAAUUAUGUGGAAUGAACCAUUCAUGAAAAUUCCACAGAAAAGUUACCAUUUGAGUUAAUGAAAAAAAAAUCUUUAUUCCAUCAAUUCUAAUAGAAUACAUGAAAAGGAAUGGAAUGAAGUUAAAAAUCAUUCAUAAACAAAAAGUCUCGUAAAUGGAUGGAAUAG